ACUAUGGUGACUAUUAUAUCGCUUGUUCAUGAAGUUCACCUUCAUUGCGUGAACAAUGUUUCUAACCAGACUGUACUUGAUUACACUUUAAAACCAGGUGUGUUAUCUGAUGUGAAUAAUUUGACACUUGAUUUCACUCUCAAUGACACCCUGCAGAUGAACUGGUCUCAGCCUUCCAACAUGUGUCAAUGUGAUAGAAACGAAUCAUGCGAUAUUGCUUAUAAAGUCUCUUUUGAUGAGGAUCCCAAAGGAUCAAAGCACAUGGCUCAUUGUCCUUAUGAUAAACUCCCUCAUGUCAGCAAGUUUGAUGCACUGAAAUCUCAGAGUCAAAGACGUGUACCUGUUGCUACCUUGAAUACCUCCAGUGAUACAUUUUGUCCUCGUGUGAGCAAGUUUGAUGUCAACAAAGAAGUAAUUAUGGUUAAAAGAUAUGUACCUACUGUUACUUUGAGUACCACCUCCAAUGAUAUUCCUAGUUCUCCUCAAAGCGAGAAUUUUUUCAUAUUCAUAUUUGUGUUUAGUGUGCUUUUGGGGCUAGUCUGUUCUCUUUUCUGUCAUAAGAUUUGCAUACGCUGUAUAAAGGCUUGCUGGUUAACCUGUUGUAGGCCAUUGUACCGUUUUAUAAUGAAGAAGAGAAAUGUAGCAGAGCCUCUACUUCCAAUGCUUGAUACAACUGAUUAUCCAUAUGCCUUCACAGAACUUGUUGUUAUACCCAUGUAUGACAAUGGUCAGCUACUUGAUGGUAAAUAAAUCAA